AUGGGUAAUGAGGACGAGAAGUCAGCCUGCACCGAAGCUGACGCCUACAGAGGCUACAGUCGCCUCCUAAUUCACCUUGUUCUGUUGCUUGGAAAUUACUCUAGGCACUUGUGCAUCCAGCAAAAAUCCCAAGAGGAGACUGGAGGGGAAGGGAUCGCAUCAAGGGAAGAGUAUGGAAAUUCUAAGUGUGAACAAGGGUCUGAAACUGAAGAGCAGCAGUGGGCUUCCAGUCAACCAAGCACAUCUACAGGUCUAUUGGCAACCUCAGCAAAGGGGAAAAAACGAAAAAAGUCUGCAAAGGAUGACCAAGCUUCCUGUCCAAAGGAGAAGGCACAAAGCAAUGACAGCCUACAGCCUCAGAAUAAGAUACCAAUUCCCCCAUUGCCCUCUAAACUGCCACCAGUCAACCGGCUUCACCGAGACAUCCUGCGGGCUUGGUGCCAGCAAUUAAAGAUCAGCUCCAAAGGCCAGAAAUUAGAUGCAUAUAGGAGACUGUGUGCCUAUGCUUAUCCAAAUCAGAAGGAUAUUCCUACCACAGCAAAGGAGGCCAGGAUUGAGUCAUCAUUACAAAAAAAAUUAAAGAUGGGCAGAGGGAAAGCAUCUGCAGGAAGUCCUCAGGAAGAGAUGUCUUCUGAAAGGACUAAUCUUCCAGAGGUGGCUCCUCCACCUGCAGAGGCUUUUUCUAACCCCGAAGAGUCUGCAGCUCUCCUCGAGGGAGUUAAUACAAUUGAGGUGACAACCUCUGCCCCAGAGGCUGUGCUGGCCUCCUGGGCCAGAAUUGCAUCUGUGGCUGGGAAGAUGGAGUCAGCAGAAACAGAGGCCGUGGAAUCCCCACAAGAGGCCUAUGGUGUCAGGUGGUGUGUGGUCCAUGGGAGAAGUCUCCCUGCAAACAAAGGUGGUUGGGUUCACCUGCAGUUUCAUGCUGGACAAGCCUGGGUUCCUGAGAAGCAAAAAGGGAGAGUGUGUGCCCUCUUCCUACUUCCGGCCUGCAGUUUCCCACCCCCACACCUGGAGGACAAUAUGUUGUGCCCGAAAUGUGUGCAAAGGAACAAGGUCUUAAUGAAAAGUCUCCAGUGGGAUUAGAAUACCAAGAAAAGGGCCCAUCUGUGGUUGUAAUUCCUGUUGGAAAAGUUGAACAGUCCACUCCUCUGUGACCCAGAUGGCUGAACUCUGGUCGUGCAGACUGGUGGGAUAAGAUGGUACCCUUGGACCUCCGACAGUGCCUGCUGCCUCCCAGGUUGUACGGAGACUUGGAAAAUGGAAAAGACUUUAACAAAGGGCCAUCCAUUCCAUUAUUAAGAUAAACACGUUCCUACUACCAAAUGUCUACCCUUCUGAACUAGAAAGGACUUCUUCAGCAGCUCUGUGAAGUGGCAACUUCCUCAAUGGUGCACUGUGGAGGAGAGGG